UACAACGUAUCUAUAGUAUAUAUGGGUUUUGAUCGAAUUGAAAACUAAAAAUCUUAUUUGUAGAACGAAUAGAGAAAUAAUCAAAUUUCAAUAAUUCACUCUAAUGCUUUUGUAUGUUACUCAGACUUUAAUUGUGUGUUUGAUUUUAAUAUAAUUUUAAGUUUUCUCUUAACAUUUCAUUGUUGCAGAAAUAACAAAUUGGAUACAUAUAGAGAAAUGCUUGAUGCCGGGCGCUCGCUCGUCGCGUAGGCCGGCGCCGGCGUCGACAUCGGCCUCUGACGAGGGUCUACUUUUAGAGGUACAACUCCAGCAACAAUUGGAAGAAGAUGUUGCUAGAAUAUUUGAUGAAUCUAUUUAUUCAGACAUUGAAGUAGUAUGUGGUAAAUUAAAAAUAUUAACCCAUUCUUGCAUCCUUAAAGCUCGUACCAAGAAAUUUUAUCAUAAACUUGAAACAAUUUUGCAUCUGAAUAUAGGACGUAGUACUUUUGAUGAAAUUUAUUCAUUCAUAAGCGAUACGUACACUGAGUGCAAUAUAAAAAAUCAGGAAAAAGAAAUAAUUGCUUAUAUCAAUGAUACAUUUAAACUACUCAGUUGCAUUUCCGACAAAUCUUGGAAUAGUAAAGAAGAUGUUGAAGAACCGGAAGUAUUUUUAACUCCUAAGUGUAUUAGUCCUUAUACAGAAAAAGCACUCCCAAUUACACUUAACCCAAGUCCAAGUACUGAAUUGACUAAAGAAUAUUACGCAUUGGUACCUAUUGAUGGGAAUUUGUUAGAGAAAGAACUUAUAGAACAAGACGUACUCUCUAAUGCUUUUCAAUCUAUUAUCAAAUCUCAAACGCAAGAAUUAAUUAAGGCUCCGAUUUCCCAGUGCACUAAACCAACUUCAUUGUCUCUUCAUUCUAGUCAAACAUCCAAAACAGUGAAACAUUCCAACAGUUGUGAUAUUUUAAAUAGUACUCAUCUUAAAGAUAAUAUAUUAACAGAAAUUGAAACAUUUUAUGUGGCCGCUAGUCAAAAUUCAAACCUAAGGGACGAAGUUGAAUCCAAUAAAGACGAGGAUAAUAAUACAAAAGAUUUAAAGAAAAUAGAAUCUCUGUCAGCAAAGUUGCUAGAUCCAACAUAUUCACCAGAUAGUUUAAUAACAGACGAUCCUAGCUCAUCUUCUGAUUAUUUAUCUGCCGCCUAUACUUGUUCUCCAGGAAUUGGCUCAACUGGUUGCCUUUUCCAAUUAAAUGUUGGGGAUAAUAUUGCAAAGAUGGAUCAUAUCUUUACCUCUUCUGAUUCGGGACUGGAAAAUACAGGCUUAUUGGAAAGCCUCACAAGUCAUAAAGAUGUAACAUUAGCUGAUGUAUCACUAACAGAAAGCACUUUGCUUGACUUAACUACAGAUGAUGCAAGCAAUUCCCAUGACUCUAUGUCUAGUCCACUUAUAGAUAAAUAUCCAGUUCAGAGAAUUAAACCAGGUACAUCGCCACAAACGGUUUUUAGUGCUAAUUGUUCAGAAAAAGAUUUUAAUUGUUUAAAAACAAGUUCAACUAGAUUGAAAGAAAAUUGUAAAUCCUCAAAAGAAGAAAAGCAAAGGCAGAACGAAGAAAUUGUAAUAUUAGAAUCAUCGUCUUUGUCUUCUGAAACAGGUUCUUGGGAAUCUGUAUUUCCUCCGAAAUUAGCUGAAAAAGAUAUUUGUGAAAAAUUUAUUAACAACGAGCGUCAACAUUUUCACGAACAUCCUAAGAAAACAAACGAACUUGAUCGUCACGAAGCUUUAUGUUCAAGUUUGGUACAAAAAUCGCCGUUUAAAUCUACUUCUUGUUUUAUUGAUGCAGCAAGUUUGGUUGAUGAAGAAGAUGAAACUGUAAAAAUAAGUACAGAAAUAAAUGGCGUAGAAAAUGAUAUAAAGACCGAAAUACUACCCACACCAAGUCAACCUGUACCUUGUUGCACAAAUAAGCAAGAUAUGAGUCCAAAUGAUUGGUCUGAAGGUAAUGAAAAUGAUGACUCUUUAGAACAGGCAGAAAAUAAAGAUCCAGACUCUAUACAAAAAGACUUGUCACCUACUAUUUUUGAAAUGACUCCUAUUACUGAGGAUUCCUUGUGUCAAAAUACAUUUGAAUCUAAUGUAGAAGAGAAUCCAAAUAACGAAACAAAAUGUGAUAUUAAAGAACCUUCUUGCCUUGAUGAUGAGGCAAAAAAAGGUAGCUCAUUUUCCCUUUUAUUUACAUCUACUACGCCACAUAACUCUAUAAUGUCUCUUAAUGCUUCGUCUAUGACACAAUACGAGUCUGGUAGGAAUAUAAAAGAAACUGCAUCUCUAGUAAAGUUGUCUGAUGGUCAUGUAGAUAUUAAAAAGGUAAAGAAAUGCAAUGAAUCCUCUCCUAUAAUCUCAGGAGGUGCUUCAGUAGAAGAUCAUUUACCUCAAGUUAUCAACUAUAGUCCUUUAACACGCAGGAAAAUAGAAAAUAUACCAAUAGUUUCUGGAGCCUAUACGCCACCAUUGGAUAAUAAUAACUCUAACAAAUCAUCAAAACCCUCUUGUUCUUCUGCUUGGGUAGUCGAUAUGUCCAAUAAUAAGGUAGAAACAGAGGAGUUAAAUGUAGCGUCUGUUCCAAAGAAACUUGGUGAUAAAGCCUGCGAAAGUUUAAGAGUUGCUUCAAAGUUAAGUAACAGUCUCGAGUCCUGUAACAAAAAUAGAAGUUCUGGUGACUCAGAUAAAGAUAGUGAAAAAUCAUACCAUAAAUUUUAUAUUGAUUUAGCCACUUUAUCAGAUUCCCCAGUAUCUAAAACCAGUAAUCAUAAUUUGGAUAAUGUUACAGAAAAGAAGAAUAUUUUUUCUAUGUAUAUAGAUUUAGGUGAAAAGUCUACUUUAAAGGAGAUGCCAGCUAGGUUAUCCUCAUCCCUAAGUAUGAAAAGGAACAACACUGUCGAACAUGAGAAGAACAAAAAUGUACAAAAAACUAGAAAGAGUGCGAAGAAUUUAAACGAAAAUAAUCUUGUUUCCUUCUCUACUAACAAUGAAGCAAAUAGUACUUGUACUUUUGAAAAAUAUGAAUCAUUAUGCAAUGAUCCGAAUAUAAGUAUAUCGGAAAUUAUUAGUUUACCUCAAGAUCAUGAAGAAAACUCUACGCAAAAGGUCGAGGAAGAAAAAGAGCAUUUGAGCGAUAUACAGCCAAAUUUAGUCUCCGAUAGUAAAAUAUCAGAUUCAGCUGCGUCUCGAGAAGAGACCACAGUUGAGUCAUCAACCGAUCUCUUUGUGAAAUUAUCAGAUUUAGACAAACCAAUCCAAAAGGUCGAAACUUCUAUUACCAAAAGCAAUGAAGCAGUGUUAGAUGUAAGAAUGACAAGAUCUAUACCAGAGAAUAAUUGGGGAGGUCAAAAUCAUGGCAGUACUGCCAUAUCUAUAGAAGUUAUUAGUUCAUUUCAUUCCGAAAACGCAUUGAGUUUAAAUAGGUUGUUUCCACAUUUGCAAAAUGAAUUUAGCAGAAGUAUGCCCGGCUCACUAUCGGCAAGGACACGGUCUCCUCUUCGAUUAGGAGCAUCUUCGAGCCCUGGUGACGCGGAUGAACCAACUUCUGAUAUGUCUGAAAUUAGUAGCGUUCAGAGCAGCAUGUGUCGUUCUGUUGUUGAAAAUAGUACAACAGAAGAAACUAGUCAAACUUCAAGUCUAAUUGGCAAUUGUCAAUCCCGACUCGGUCAAGAUUUGCUUCGCAUGUUUUUAGAAGAAAUAGCACCUGAUGUUAUUGUUGAAGUAUCGGGAAGACGUAUCAAAGCACAUAAGUGCAUUUUAUCUUCGAGGUGCCAAUAUUUCGCAGGUAUUUUGAGCGGUGGCUGGGUAGAGAGCGCAGGGAACGUUAUACUUUUACCCCCGUUUGCAUUUAAUGUAGUACACUUUGCCUUGUGUCAUAUAUAUUCAGGCGUGGCUUCAAUACCUGAUUCAAUUAGUAUUGUGGAAUUAGCUACUCUAGCUGAUAUGCUCGGCUUGGAAGGUUUGAAGGAAGCUAUAAUGUACACCUUAAAAUCUAAAUAUUGCCACCAUUUCCAUUGGCCUUGUUCAAUUUGCACUUUGGGAGUGCUUGAGUGUUUCCCGUUGGCAGCGUUGUAUGGCUUGGACGACCUUUGUCAUAAAUGUUUGCGUUGGAUUACAAAGCAUUUUUCCAAAGUUUGGCCAACAAGAGCUUUUGCAGCUCUGCCUGCUGAUCUCUCUGAAAGAUGCUAUCAACAACUUAUAGCUAACAUGAACGUCGAGAAUGUGGUGGAAACGGUUUACGGUUGUGGAAUUAUAACUAUAUCUUUACAGAGUGGUAGAGGAGCAGAUAUAGUUGAACGACUCUGCCGGCGUUUAUUGAACGCAUCAACAGAGUUCAUAGCCCCCAGAGUGGAUAUUGUGGUUCGCACUUUAGAACCUCCGCCGCCUAAUCUACCGCAGGCUGCCGAACAAGCACUCGGUGAUUGCAUCAACGGAGCUAUAGAGCGUGCUCCCCCCGAGCAACUAUGUCUGCUAUACGCGUAUCUGUCUAAUGUCCUCAAACAAAAAGGGCAAUAUAUAUUUUAUAAUCACGCGUGCUCUUGGAAAGUGCAAUGCGAACGGACUCUAGUACGGGCCGCACCACGAGUUGUAAUCACACAGGCUUUCAAGGACUUACCCGUAGAACUUGCAGUUCGUCUUCGUAAGUUAGGAUGUAUAAUGUUCGGAAUACAGUCCCCUAUUAUCACAAAUUCCCCAGCACAUCGCAGAAAGAGCACAAACAGGGACUCUAGGGACUCUAGACACUCCAGGGAUCGUAGUCAGUCGCGCAAUGUAGAUAUAAAUGACAUGAGAGCGCGAUUUACACCAUAUACUUGUAAACCGGUUUAUUCAACCCAUAUCACUAAUGUGCGAGAGACAGUGAGUCAUCCUGUUAAAAGUAUACCCACUGUUAGAACCACAAAGGCUCAAGAAGAAAGGGCAAAAUAUAAUAUGGCGAAAAGUAACCGUUCAGUACAAAAUUAUACUAAACCUAAACGUUUAGAACCCAAACAUAAAUUGGGAGCAAAAGUACAAUCAUCUAGCGAAUCUUCUCGGCAAGUUAGUGAAGCAAAGGAGCAUACUGUUUCGCAAGAUAGCUUGGCCACUGGUUCUCGACCCAGAACUGCUGAGCCAUCUAGUUCACUUAGUGAAUCGCAAAACAUAAGAUAUGCCACAUAUACAAAGAGCAAAAAGGCAAAUGUAGAAAAGCCGACAGAAAAUAAUAAAAUAAAGACUAAAAUUCCGGUGUAUAUAAAUAACAAGUCUGUUUCUAACAAAAACAUCAAAAAUACUGAAAAUAAAGAUACUACAGCGAAAGGUCAGCGCAAAUUCGGUUCAUCGGUUUUGAUGGCUACAAAGUCUAGUACUGCAAAAAUGGUUCAUAAACAAGUAGUACAGCCAUCUACAAGCUCUGGUAACACGUCAAAAAGUGAAAAAAUAUUAAAACAUAACGGGAAAGUUGAACAUCCUAAACAAAAGCAAACUGUACCCACUAUGGAUCGUUCAGGCACGUUUUUGAAAGAUGAACCUACUUUUGGAGACAAAACCUUGGUGGUUUUGUCUUCAAAAAACAUAUGAUUUAAUCGUUUUUAGGGAUAAGUAUGAUUUAUAGUAAUUAUUUCUUUAUUAUUGCCUAAAUAUAAUUUAAAAUGGUUUCUGGUAGGUAAUCAGGUUAUUGGUCUAUAUUAUUAUUUAUUGCUAUUUUUUCUCUAUUUCUUUAUACUCUCUAUUACAUCCUCCUAAUAUAAUAAAAUUGUAACUAGACAAUGUUACAGACAUGAGAAAUAUUUAAGAAAAAGUAAUAUAAAGUUUUAAUAAGAUCAAUAGAAGCCAAAACAAUAUUCGAUAUUUUGUCUGUAUAUUGCGUUAUAUCGGCAUAAAUAUACAGACAGACGUAUAAAAUUAAAAAAAAAAUUAUUCAAAUAUUUUAUUGGCUUUAUUAAGGCCCUUAUUAUAUAUUUUUUAUAUAUCUCUCAUGUACAAACUCAGAUAUCGUCUAGUUAAAAUUUUAAUAUAUUAGUAAGAUUUUAUUUGUUAUUUAUACUAUUCUUAGUAUAAUAUUAAUAUAUUACUUAGAUCUGGUCUAUCAAUUUAGUUAAUAGUAGAAAGCGCUAAAGGAAUUCGCUUUUAUUAAUAUUACAUCAUAUUGACAAGCUAUUGUAUGUCUAUAUGUAUAAGUUUAUAGCUGUACACUAAUACACAUGGAAGCAAGAGCGGCAUUUUAGUAUCAUUUAAAAUAACAAGCUGAGCUUACCUUUAUGUUUUGUCAUAGCUUAUAUAUUUAAAAUGCUUCGAUUUUGAUUAGAGAUAUAUAACGUAUAUAUGGUAUAGGCAUAUGUUAUAUAUACCUACCUAUAUCACAUAUAUUUUUAUAGUAUAAUUAAUUGCAUGUAUUAGUUUACCUGAUAUUAUUUAAUAAUAAUUUGUCCAAUAAUAUACAUUUAUCUAGUGAUUUUAGAAUAAUAAUUGUAAGUUAUUUAUUGUACUUAUUUAUUUUAUAAUUCUAAGUUAUAUUAUAAUUAUCGUUUAUUCUACUAAGAUUGUAGAAAUCUAGCGCCACAUUUGAAUAUAAAUCUUAUACGUUGUUAUAUUGUUAUUGUAUUAGAAUGUUCCUUGUACUUUGCAAGGAUUUGUGUUUUUUGGAAUUUUUUUUGGAUGUUUUUGGAACUACAAUGGAAAACAUAAAUCGCUAGAUUGCUACAAUUCUUAUAUGCUUGUUGUGUUUAAGUCUUAUAGAAUAUAUCUAAAUUAAAAUUAUUAAUAAUAUAUUAUUAUAAUCAGGUAUAUACAGGCGCUCAUUGGUUGGUUCUAGCGUGCUGCGGCCAUUUUAUAUUAGGCAUUGAUGUGUAGGUUAGUUGUAAAUGCCUAUCCGCUUGUCUGUUACUAUUGCAUUAUAAUAAUAAUAUAAACGGAUUUAACUAUUUGUGGAAUUCGACGUUUCUAUUUUUUAAUUAGUUAAUGAAGUAUUAAUUGGUCGUUGUGUAGAUGAUAGACAGCUGUAAUGCAAUAUGAUCAACAUAGAAUUGAUAUACACCUCUAAUUUUACCCAUUUGUAUAUAGAUUUAUCCUUAAAUUUAUUUAUUUAUUUCAUAUGAAUUUCUCAUUAAUACAUAAUAUUUAAAUUUAGUCAAAGAACAAUUACAGUCACGUCUGUGCAGUAGAAAGUAGAAUAUAUUUUAAAUUUUGAAUCUUACAAAAUGACUUAAGUGUAUUUGUACGAUAAAAUGUAAUUAAUUUAAUUUUGGCUGUUUAAAAAUUGUACACUGCUGUAUCCGCUGACAUUAAUGCUCCUUUCCACUUUGGGUUUGCUGGAAGAAAACUCUAUCAGAGUUAAGCUUGCCUUUGUACUUUUGUUUACCUCUGUCAUAUUUUUAUAACUAAUGUGUACAAUAAAGUAUUAAAUAAAAAAUAAAAAAAAUAAGUUUAAUAUAACGACGAUAAGAAAAUAUAUCUAUGUCGUAUCCAACUUAUAAAUAUAUUUAUACAUUUGGUUCAUACAUUUUAUAUAUUAACAUAAAUACACGCAUUUAUUAUAAUAAGAAAUGAUAACUUAUAUUUACUAAUAACUUUAGUGCAAUGUUUUAAUUAAAAAAAUGUGCAAUCAAAUAUUCUUUUUAUAUUAGUAUUUUCUGAUAUGACCGGGAAUAAAUUAUUUAUCAGGAAUAUUUAAAUGUUUGGGCAUUCGGCCUAAUUAAUAUAUAUAAAUUUAAUAUAGUUAUAGUUAGUGUUCUUCAGUAGUAUCAUCUUUGUUGUUGUCUUUCCACUUUCGUACUUAUUAAGUGUACAAGUAUUGCUUUAACGACAAAGAAUUGAAGCUUUUUAUGUUCAGGCGUAAAUUCAGGAUUCUAGUUUUUGUUCUAAAAAUUAUGAAUUUUUUUAUUCAAGUAAACUUAAGUUUUUUAAUAGUAAUUUUUAUUACCGUCAGUAACAUAAACAUAAACAUAAAUAAUCAUAUAUAGUCACUUUAACUAUCAAACGUUAUUUAUUUUAUAAUUCCUUUACAGAUUAAAUAACAGUUAAUGUAAUACAGAAAAAUGAAUUUAUAGUCAGAAUUAUUGCAAAGAAAUUAGUUUUAAUUUAUUGCGGGUUUUCAACGUGUGACGUGUGUUUAAUAACAAAUUUAAAAAAAAUUGUAAUAAUUUAAUAUUUAAUUAUCUAUUUUUUUGGAUAAUUCUGUAAUUUGCAGAUUUUUUCGUAGAUACUGUGCAGUGGCUGGCCUUUAAUAUAAAAUGUCUUUAAUGUUUUAUUUUGGUGUUAUAGGGGGAUCUGUGUCUGUCCAUAUUUCUGUAAAUAUUUUGUUAAUUAUUUUAAGCCAAUUUUAUUAGAAAUAAGUUAAUAUACUGUAUAAAAAGUAGAGUUAGACUUUUCGAAAUGAUCUCAGUGAUGCACAGUAUUCCGUUGUAAUUAUUUUUCAGGUUUGCAUCAGCCAUUGUUAUACGAUAAAUUCUGAGCCAUGUGUUAAUUUAUCUACAUAAUAUUGUGUAUAUUUAUUUACGACUUAAUAUAUUGCAAUCCAUUAUAGCAUCAGUGAAAUGUAAUGUUCUAUUUAAUGUUCGUCUUUAUAACUGUUCAAAUUGAAGUUAAGUUGAUUGAUGAUGAUGAAAUUGAUUGACGGCGAUGAUAUUGAUUAUGAAAUUCAAAUUGAUGUGUAACUGAUGGAUUUUUAGUUCCCCUUUUAUUAUUGCAGAUUUCUUUACAUUAUUUAUUUACAUUUUUAUCUAAGUAUUGAAUUAUUUUUUUACUGUGAUACAAAACGUCAAACACCAUUAUUUAGUUAUAUUCGAGCGCAAUUCGAAUAAAUAAAAACACAUGGCAUGUUUAAUUCCCAAGCCAUAGUACUUUAGAUGUGAAUGAGCCAUUAAUUUUCAUGAAUAAAGACCAAGAAAUAUAUUAAUGAGUUCACCAUUAAUUAUAAAGAGAUUUUAUACAUCGCAAAAUUUUAUUUUUUCUCUCAGUUUUGGAUAUUUUAAAAUGAAGCUUUCCGAACUAUAAAUUAUUAUAAUGGUACUCUAUGUUAAUAAAAUUCGGCAACAGUUACGGUUGGAUGACACUGCUCAUGAUUUAUUUUAAUAAUAUAUGCAAAUGUUUAUAAAUAUGUAUUAUUUAAUAUUAUUAUCUUGUAGAUCUAGUGUGAUAAACUUGUAAAAAAUGUUUUUCUUUAGGAUUCUACUGUGAUAAUGUUUACUUUUACACAUGUUCUAAAAGUAUCUCUUUCAUUUUUUUUUAUCUUUUUAGGAGCACUAAUUCACAAAUAUUCAUACUGUAAAUAAUUGGACAUUUUAUUUACAAUUGAUUUUCUAAUUAUUGUGAUCAGUAAAGUAUAAGAAAUCUUUUACACCUAAUUUCGUCCACAUAUACAACCAUGCUGUAAAUACAUCUGUCAAAAAAAUUAUGGAUAGGUGUAAUAUAAUUUAUUUUUUUAUUAUUUACGCCUAAUUAUUGUAUUAGUAAUUUGAAAUCUGAAAACUAUACUUUUCUUAAAUGAAAUCCCAAAGAAAAGCCUUUUACUUACUAAUGCACACUACUUUUAAAUCAAUUUAAAUAAAGAAUUAUUGCGAUGAA